AUGUCUGCGAAGCAGGCCAAUACUUUCAACCUAAAGCUUGUAAUCGAACGCUUCACUAAGGCGGUUAGUUAUCAUCUCAUCUCGCCCUCUAACCUGCUCUUCAGCCUACUAGAUGAGCUCGGAAGGAUAAUGUACUUUGUUAUGCGUGAUGUUAGCAAGAAGCUAGACAUUCUCAAUAAGCUUCGAGAUCCCACGGCCACCCCCGAGUAUCAUGAAAAUUUCAUCACUGUCAAUAAGAUGUGCUCCUUCGAGAAAAAUCAGUACGAGGACAAUAAGCCAGUUGGAAAACUGCACACCUAUGGCGCCCGUAAUCUACUUCGUCUACAUCGAGCACUCAUCUUCAUAAUAUCUUUUUUUGAGAAAGUUUGCAUAGGUAAGUGUUUUAUUUAA